AUGCCAACUAUACCAGUUAUACCAGGUUUUUAUUAUGAUGCAACAAAGAAAAGAUACUUUAAAAUUACAAAUGGUGCUAUAGAAAAUAAUGAAUCUUCUUCAAAAUAUCAUAAUAAUUAUAUACAACAAGAAAAACGUCAUUUAAAAUAUGAUGAUGAUGAUGAUGAUGAUAUAAACAAUUUAAAGAUUAAAAAGAUAAAAAUUUCAAAUAAAUCAAGAAAUGAUUCACAAUUUAAAAUGUUUAAUCUUAAUUCAAUGGGUUUAAUUAAUUUGAAAUCUGGAGUUGUUAAUUUACUGAAUUUAUAUUAUUUUAAUGAUUUAAUUGAUGGUUUAAAACAAAGUAAUCCUACUUAUAUACCUGAAUUAGUAAUGAAAGGAAUAGUAUUAACUCAAUAUAAAGAUUAUUUAUUGGUAUUUAAUAAAUAUAUAGAAAAUCAUCAAAUAAUGAGUAAUUCAAGUCCAAUUAAAUUGCAAAAUAUAGUGAAAGAUGAAGUUACUCAAAUUAUUCAUGAAUGGUACGUAUGUUACAAUUCGAACAUUAUAGAAAAAAUGAAUUUAAAACAAUUAGGUGACAUUGGAAAUGCAGUAAAUUUUGACAUGAAUGUGUAUCAAGACUGCUUCGAUGAUAAAAUUUUAAUGAUUAUGAUGGUGUAUAAAGUAAACGGUUAUCUUUUUUUAACAUUUAACGUUAUUGAUGAUUGUAUUAUUUAUGAUUAUUCAGAUAAAUUGAUGAAAUUUUUAAAAGUAGAAAUUAGCAAAAUUAAAAAUAAAAAGAACAAACACAAACGACGGUUAUUUUCAAUUUUAGGUUUGCUAAAAGUUGAAUUCCCCAGUUAUGAAUCUAAAUCAAUGGAAGACAUUAAUAAACUACUAAAUUUAAUUAAAUCAAAUGAUAUUUCAGAAAUAUUAAAGGUUAAAUACCAAAAAGAGAUUGAUAAAUUUAUAUUUACCCAAAAUGGAGAUAAGAAACCAGAAGUGAUUUAUAAACUAGGAGAUCCAUUAAAAGAUUAUGUUGAUGAUAUUGUCACUAUUAAAAUCAAAAACUCGAAAAUUAUCAUAUUAACAUCGAUGGGGGAUAUUAUUACAUUUAAUUAUGAUAUUAAAAAUACAACAUUUCUGAAUUUUAAAUACUUACCUUCUAGAUUGACACUUUCAUCCAAUAUUGAUAUUCAAACAACAGAAAAUAAUGAUUUUUAUUUUAACACACUGACAAAUUUAUACAAAUUAUCAAAAAAUAAAUUAACUUCGAUUUAUAGGAUUAAUACAAUUCGAAAAUUUUUUUUAUUAAAUGAUCAAAUUAGAGUUAUUAUAAUCACAAUGUCUGAAAUUUAUGUGUAUAAUUUGAAAUAUCAAUCAAUUUAUAAACUAGAUAAUUAUUUUAACGAUAAUAAUCCCCAUCAAAUUUUCAAAAUGUUUGAAAAUUUUUUAGUGUUUAAUAUAAAUGAAAAUGAGUUUAUGAUUUACAAUUUAAAUAGAAUACUGAAUAAUAAAACUAAAUUUAAAAUUGAUUUUAAUUUUCAAAAAUUGGGAUAUUUAAAGAAUUUCAAAUUAGUUGAAAUAAUUGAAAUGAAAGGAGUUCAUAAAUUAUUAAAUCAUAGAUUAAGAUUAGGUUUCACUUUUUGUAACAAGUAUGAAAAUGUAACUAUUUUUGAAACAUAUGUUUUAUAG